AUGCUUUUUGGUGUUCAACAGAAAGGAGAGAUCGUAGAUGAGCUUAGAGAAAAAUUAGAGGAAAUAAAAGAUACGAUUGUUACUGAAAGUUUAGAGGAAAUUCGACUAAAAGCAAUAGAUAAUCAAAAUCAAGCACAGGCAUACAAUAAAACUUAUUUUGACAAGAAAAAGAAAAAGGCCAAGGACUACGGAAAGGGGGAUUACGUCAUGACUGAGCUGCGUUCCUGCGCAGCGUGUGGGGAGCCAAUCUCGGAUAGGUUUUUCCUGGAGGUCGGCGGCUGCUCCUGGCACGCCCACUGCCUCCGCUGUUGCAUGUGCAUGUGCCCCCUGGACCGCCAGCAGUCCUGCUUCAUCCGCGAGCGGCAGGUCUACUGCAAGGCCGACUACAGCAAAAAUUUCGGCGCCAAGUGCUCGAAGUGCUGUCGCGGCAUCUCCGCCUCGGAUUGGGUGCGUCGGGCGCGGGAGCUGGUCUUCCACCUGGCCUGCUUCGCUUGCGACCAGUGCGGCCGCCAGUUGUCCACCGGCGAGCAGUUCGCCCUCAUGGACGACCGGGUGCUCUGCAAGGCUCAUUAUCUGGAGACGGUCGAGGGUGGCACCACCUCGAGUGACGAGGGCUGUGAUGGCGAUGGUUAUCACAAGAGCAAGACGAAACGGGUGCGCACCACCUUCACCGAGGAGCAGUUGCAAGUGCUGCAGGCCAACUUCCAGAUUGACAGUAAUCCGGAUGGCCAGGAUCUGGAGCGGAUCGCCUCGGUGACCGGUCUCAGCAAGCGUGUGACGCAAGUGUGGUUCCAGAAUUCGCGGGCGCGUCAGAAAAAACACAUACAUGCUGUACGCGAACCGGAAGGAAGCUCAUUUGCGCGUCAUAUUAACCUGCAGUUAACGUAUUCAUUUCAGAAUAACGCACAGAAUCCAAUGCAUAUGAACGGCUCUAAAGCGGGUCUAUACCCGACUCAUGAAUCCUCCAUGGACGAAUUGUCGCAGGACUCGAGUGUGCAUUGCAUGCCCAGCGAGGUGUGACUAGAGCAAUCCUCGCCAGCUCGGGCACACCGCUAGCUGGCCUCCCUCAAACAAAAACGUCCUUUCCUAGUCAAAAUUUUAUGUAAAGCGUCCACGAAGCAGAAAAUCACAAAACGACCCAGAGAAACAAAAGAGAAUUAAGCCCCGUCUCGAAAAGAAGUCCCAGUUUUUAGGCUUUGAGCAAACCAAGCGAACCCAACGCCAACCACAGUGAAAUCUCAUCGCAAACAACACAGCAAACAAACAAACAUACAUUCCUGCAUUGUAGUGUAAGAAGCUGCAGCUUAGUUAAUUUAAUUUAAAUGAAAUUUAAAUUUAAUUUAGUUUAAUGUUCAGUAAUCGAUAAGUGUUUCCCCAUCAUUCAACUCGAGGAUUGAUAACUGCUUGCCAAGGCUCCUGUAAUAUAUUUAUGCGUAUGCCUAACCGAUCAUUGUCGUAUACCUACCAUGAGAAACGUUGUUAUUGUUUAUUUUCUUGUUUUUUAAAUGUAUAAAAAUCGAUAUAAAUAUAUAUAUUUAGAUCUAUAGAUGUAUCCUAAACAUAGCUGGCCAGGCAAUUUGUAAAUAGUAAUCAUAGCCGAAAUUGAUAAGCAAAGCAGAAAACAGUAAAGAGAUGAAAUUACACAGCUAAAAACUAACAUUUAGUUAACAGAAAUUAUAAAAAUACAAUUAAAGAUGAACCGAAAUCAAUUAAAAAAGAAA